AUGUUUCGUAUUGUUUUUGUCCAGAAAAGAGGUGGUCGACUAAACCAGAGGUGGAUUCAGAAACCAAGCAGUAGCAAAACGGAUGAAACGUUUGAUGCUGCAGAAGUUAAGUCUGCAGCUUCUACUGAGUUUGGGAAUAUCACCGUGAAUGAUGUAGCAGUAGCACCUCCUCAUGGUCAAAGCAAUGGACAGUCGUCCCAUGUUUCAGUUGGAUGUUCUCCAGUAAUAAAUGCCAACUCUUUACAUGGUAAAAAAUACGUCUACCAACCAAAGUCUUAUGGGACAGUUUCUGGUGAUGCUGCAAAAGAAACUACCAGAAAGGAAACUGCAGCUCAAACUGCUGCUUUGAGCCGUUUGUUCAAAAAAGAUUUGUUGGAGAAUUUUAAUGUAGAUAACUCGACUUACUCCACUGCCAAAAUCAGAGCAACAUUCUAUCCCAAAUUUGAAAAUGAGAAGUCUGAUCAAGAGGUUAGGAUAAGGAUGAUUGAAAUGGUCUCAAAAGGCCUAGCUACAGUGGAGGUGAUUGCAUCGCUUUCGAUUUUUCAAUUUGGGAUUCAUAUCCCUCUGUCGUUGUUGUUCAUGUAUAAGUUGAAUCUUGGUGUUGGUGGGGCCAUUAUUGUUGUGUCUAUGUCGUCGUGGUUUCUUGUGAAGCUCUCGAUAUCUUCUAAGCCAAAUAACCAGGAAAUCCUUUCCUUCAAUCCAAAGGAUCAAAAAGAUUCGGCGAAACAACAAGUGUUAUUACCAAAUAAAGAACAAAAGAUUAGAUUUUUCACAUUGAAUGAGAAGAAGUAA